UUUCCACUUAACCUCACUCUCUAGUUUCUCCUAUACUUCAUCACUGAAUUUAUCACGCGACGGAUAAUUUCAGGUGAUAGUUAGUUUUCACAAACGUUUAGAACGUAACGAGCACAUUGCGUGCACGCGAUAUCGAUUUCGUUGGUACGCCUGUCACGAGUUUAAUCCGACAAUUACUAAGACGCGCUUUGAAAGCUCGUCCCGCCAGAAAUCAUGGAGGGCAUCCGCGCAAGCGUUACAGAUCAUAAGCAAUCGAGUCUCCUUCGCUGCGAGGAAGUUACAUCACUGUUGAAAGGUCACUGGUCGGAUCGCGACGUUCACUACGAUUCACCCACCAGACUCUCGUGGAAGCCGCUACCGCCGCACAGAAAUUUAAUGCAGCCAGGAUCGGAAACGGUGUACGGGGCACCCUGCAGUUUCGCCGCCUGUUUACAGAGCUACCGCGGCUUUAAUGGCGUCUGGAAUGAUUUUUCAAGCACUUGGAAAGCCUACACGCGAUACCAUCGUAAACUUCUUCGGGUAUAAUGUGGAAGACAUCAACAGGUAGAUUGCAGCCUAACAAUAAUCUUAGAAGGCUGUGGGGUCUAAUUAACACGUUCAGUGCCGUGGGGGGUGACCAGUGACCAGCAUCGCAAAUUACGCAUGCUUGAAUAAUUAAAAGAAAACAACAGAAGAACAUUAUUUUAAGUAAUAUUGCUAUGGCAAAUAUUGUAAA